AUGUCUAAGAGUCUGUUUGGACAGGGGAAGAAACCUCUAGAUACAUUUUUCUGGGUAAACGAGAUAACUGGAGAAAUCACCUACCCCCCACCGAAGGCAGAUGUACCAGAAGCUUCUCCAGCUUCUCUGGAGAAGCCCCAAGAGAGGCCCAGAUCUCAGCAUGGGAGCGUGCAGGGGGCUCCUCUCAGUUCUCAGGGCCCGUCCAGCACACCUGCACAGAAGGCUGCCCUUCUACGUCCUCCUAAGGCUUCACUGAAAGACACUGGCUCAAGGUACUUCCUCCCAUCUACAGCAACCCAUGGCCGGGCUAAGGCUGGACCAAGGAGCACUCCGCCAUUUUCAGCAAUUCCCAUCCCCAUCUCACCACCAGGACAUGCUCCACCAACAUGUGGCCCCCUUGGACAAGUCCCUCUGCCCCCGGCGUCUUCCUUUCCUCCCAGCCCUUCUGCCCCCUGGGCCUUCACCUGUAAGCUGAAAAAUGUCCUUACUGGGAAUAACCGAUUUUCCUUUUGAACUUGAAAGCAUUUGUGUGGCCACACCUUCCUGAGUGGCUGCCAGCUGUAUACCUUCAUGCUUACGUCCAUGAUGCUUCUGCCUCCCCUGGAAGCACACAGAACUCUGAGCAGAGUUCUUAGAAGAACACACCAAGUGCUUUCAAACCCCAUAUAAAUUUAACUUAGAUUUUGACACAUAAUGUUUUCUAGACCUUCUUUUACCUCCCAAGCCACCUUGGUAUUUUGCUCUUAAGUUUUUGGACUUCGAGAAUUUGGUUCCGAUGUCGGUAGCAGAGCAGUACGUUUGGUUCCCAGCCAGAGCCAGAAGGAUACCUCUCUGGUUGAGACAGGAGCAAGCCAGGAUGAGUGGGACCCACAGGCCUCUGUGCCCAGCCCAGGGGGCAGCACUCAGGGCUGUCCUGGGUCCUGAGCAGUGGCUAGAGAGCCCUGCCGGGAGCUCUCUUUGAGGCAACCUGAGCCUGAGAGAGCCUUUGGGCAGACAACCCUUCUAGCUCUGCCUUCCCUGGUGGAUAGGCUUCAGAUGAUGCUUUGGUGGGACAGUGGGCAGCCGCUCGACCCUCCAGGAAUGGAGUGACUGGUUCAGUCAUGCUGGGCUGGAGGCGGUAAGUAGGGGCUUGGAAACACUGUCAGCCUGAGGGUCCCAGGAAAUCCCCCUUCUUGGG